GUGUGUUACAAGGACACACUUUGACUGAGCCCUCGAGCAGAUGUAGAGAUGAGUUUCUACAGUGACGAUGCGUCUGCCGACGAGUUGGAGACUUUGGGAUGGUACCACUAUGACCUGUCCCGCCAUACUGCAGAGGCCCUUCUCUUGUCCAAUGGGACUAAUGGAAGUUACCUCCUGAGGAACAGUAAUGAGGGAGCAGGCUUCUUCGCCCUGUCUGUCAGGGCAAAGGAUUCUGUCAAGCAUUUUCACGUGACACGCAAAGGCAAUGGCUAUGUGUUUGGCUUUAACGAGUUCCCAACCCUUCAACACUUUGUCAACCACUUUGCUAAUCAGCCUCUGCUGGGCAGUGACGCAGGAACCCUCAUGGUGCUGAAGAGUCCAUACCCGUGGCGUGUGGAGGAGCCAUCCAUCUACGAGUCUGUGCGAGUCCAUACAGCCAUACAGACCGGCCGCACAGAAAACGACCUGAUGCCCAGUGCACCAUCGCUGGGCACAAAGGAAGGCUAUCUGGUGAAACAAGGAGCGAUUGUGAAGAACUGGAAACAGAGGUGGUUCACACUCAACAGAUAUGAACUCAAAUACUUCAAAGAGAAAGCGUGUGAGGAGCCCAUUCGGACCCUGGAUCUGAGAGCCUGCUCUGCAGUGCAGUUUGACUACUCUCAGGACAGAGUCAACUGUUUCUGCCUGGUGUUCCCUGACAGAACAUUUUAUCUCUGUGCAAAGACGGGUGUGGAGGCAGAUGAGUGGAUCAAGAUCCUGAGGUGGAAACUGCCAGCAGUGACACUCUCUGUUUCCAGUCACAGAUGAGAAAAGGUCGAUGACUGUCGUCAGCCCGGAGAUGGAAACGUUGAUAGGAGAAUUAACAAUGAAGAGCACCAAUAAAGUGUAGCAUCACAUCUCUGUGUACUGACUGAAGGCUAACCUGGAUGGGACUGUCUUACUUCGCUGACCCUCAGGAUGUUUCUUCCAUGAAUGUUUAACAUUUGCUUUAACGUCAAGGAUAUAUUGCAACCAUAAUUCUAUAAGACCAAGAGUUCAUCCCAGUGUCCCUCCUCGACUCCUUCAUCACUUGACCAGGAAAUCGAAACGUCAAAGGACUUCCCAAUACUUUGAACAUAGGGAGGAAACGGAGCAGCUUAUGUGGAACUGUUAUCGCUACACCCGUAUAAACGCUCCAGUAUGGAUACUGCGGUUGUACUGGACUGUAAAAGGAUGAUCAGUCAUAAAUAUAUUUAAUAUAAUUUUAGUAAAACAUUGUGAAUAGAAAAUCUCUUUGAUGAAUGAGAUCGUACUCUGUAACAAACAUUUAGGUGUGAGAAAUAUACUCACAGUCCUUCAUAGUGGUUUGUGCUGCAUGUGUGGAUCUAUGGUCAAACAGUUCAAAGGUAAAGGAUAUACAGUACCUCAGUCACAUUUGUCCUUCUGUGGUAUAAAUUGAAUUAAAAGACAAGAACGUACCGCGACCCGAUCCCGGAUAAGCGGUAGACGAUGGAUGGAUGGACAAGAACGUAGCGACAUUUUUAAUUACAUACAACAUCCAAUACAAAAGUGCACGGUCUAAUAACACAAUGACAGAUGUUAAGCCACCGCUUAUUAUAUUCAUUUUAUUAAAAUCUACAUUUCAGACAUGGAAACAAAAAGCUACAGGACUGAAAAUAAUACAUUGAAUCCAAUGAAUAAAAAGAAAUACAUUAAUUAAUUUCCAUAAAGAUGUAAAGACUCAGGGUCUUAAUGAUUUAUUUAGAGUUGAGGUGCAGGUAUGUUGUCAUCCUUUACUAAAUGCAAAGCAUUCGGUUCUCUCCUGUGAAACCUUUGUUUUAAUACUGUAAAUAUUGCAUAUCACUGAAUCAUGAUUUAUUUAAAAAGUAGUAGUCAGGUGACCUGUGUCCGUGCACAUGAUGUUUCAAUGUCAACGUUAAAUGAAUAACUUGUGUAGCACUGAUCUCAGGGGCAGCAGGAGUUAAUUGAAUUAGUCAAUUUGAAGCAGAAGAGCUUCUCUGGUAAUAAAAGUUUGUAUAUUUUCA